UCGCAUUUCAAUUCCGUCAUGGAACGAAUUGAUUGACGGUCAGGAAAGCGUCAACAGAAGUGGACAUUCAGGCCUCUCGUUUUCAUUUUUAAUUUUCGCUUCGUUCCUAUAUUGCAUUUAAAUGUGUCUUAGCCCGGCACUAAUCCGAUUUGCAGGAGCCCGAAGCUCAACUGCCUUCCGGAAACCACAGCUGCGACACCCUCCACGAUCAUCACCAAUUCUCACGUCACAAUCUCGACGACCGCUAGUGACACAAAAUACCUGUAGCGCUACACGAGUCCUUAGAAACCCAUUAUCGGCGAUUACUACAUCUCUCAAAGCUGUACGAUACUGCUCCUUUCAGCGCAGCAUGUGUCGAUCCAUGGGCAGAGAAGCUCCAAGCAUGAGUCUGGACAUUAGCAACGGGAGAGAGCUUCUCCCCAAGAAUGUCAAGCCUCUCCAUUACCAUUUGACCUUGGAACCUGACCUGGAGACCUUCCGUUACAAUGGCAAAGUGUCAAUAGACCUGGAUGUCCUCGAAGACUCCAACUCCAUUUCGCUGAAUACGCUUGAACUCGACAUCCAAUCUACCGAAAUCAAAAGUGGCUCGACCGUCAUCGCGGCCUCUCCGGACUUAUCGUACAAUGAAGACACGCAAACGACAACGAUUUCGCUCAGUAAAAGCCUACAAGCUGGCCAGAAGGCUACCCUAACCCACACCUUUUCGGGCACAUUGAACGACAACAUGGCAGGUUUCUAUCGCUCUUCAUACAAAGAUGCGGAUGGGAACGUCAAGUACAUGGCCACUACGCAAAUGGAGCCCACCGAUGCACGCCGGGCAUUUCCGUGCUUCGACGAGCCGGCGAUUAAGGCUGAGUAUACCGUGACUCUCAUCGCGGACAAGCAUCUCACCUGCCUGAGCAACAUGGACGUUGCUUCGGAAACGGAAAUCGAUUCUACCAUGACUGGGUCCAAGAAAAAGGCUGUAACCUUCAACAAAACCCCAUCGAUGUCCACGUAUCUGGUCGCGUUCAUCGUUGGCGAACUCAAAUGUAUCGAGACCAAUGCCUUCCGUGUCCCCGUCCGGGUAUUCGCUACCCCUGAUCAAGACAUUGAGCAUGGCCGCUUUUCUCUGGACCUUGCGGCACGAGGCCUGGCCUUCUAUGAGAGCCAACAGGUCUUCGACUUGAAGUAUCCUUUCCCUAAAAUGGACCUCGUCGCGAUUCCCGAUUUUUCGGCGGGUGCCAUGGAGAACUGGGCUCUGGUAACGUUCAGGACCGUCGAUCUGCUCUUCGAUGAAACAACGCACGGUGUCAAUCGAAAGCAAAGGAUAGCUGAGACAGUUCUUCACGAACUGGCCCACCAGUGGUUUGGUAACCUCGUCACGAUGGAGUUUUGGGACGGUCUCUGGCUCAAUGAAGGCUUCGCAACGUGGAUGAGUUGGUUUGCCCUGAAUGACCAGAAAUUCUUCCCGGACUGGAAAGUUUGGGAGACUUAUGUCGUCGACACUCUCCAGCAGGCCCUUUCCUUGGACUCGCUCAGGAGCAGCCACCCUAUCCAGGUUCCGGUCAAGCGCGCCGAUGAGAUCAACCAAAUCUUCGAUGCCAUUUCCUAUUCGAAGGGGUCUUGCGUCUUGCGAAUGGUCUCCAAAUACCUGGGCGAGGAAACGUUCAUCGAGGGCGUUCGACAGUAUUUGAGAAAGCACGCCUAUGGCAACACCGAGACUUCGGAUCUUUGGGCUGCCCUCAGCAGCGCUUCUGGCAAACCAGUCGAAGAGAUCAUGAACAUCUGGACCACCAAGAUCGGCUUCCCGGUAGUCAGCGUCAGCGAGGACCCUGCAACCAGUUCCAUUCACGUCAAGCAAAAUCGGUUCCUCAGAACUGCCGACGUCAAACCAGAAGAAGACCAGACACUGUUCCCAGUGUUCUUGGGGCUGAAAUCGAAGGCUGGUGUCAGCGAGGAAUUGACGCUCAGCGAACGGGAAAGUUCGUUCAAGGUCGAUGAUCUCCAGUUUUUCAAGCUGAAUACGGAUCACUCUGGAUUCUACCGUACGUCGUACACUCCGGAGAGGUUGGAGAAACUUGGAGAGGCAGCAAAGAACGGUCUCUUGUCCGUCGAAGAUCGAGCAGGCAUGAUUUCCGAUGCGGGAGCAUUAGCUGCUUCGGGUUAUCAGAAGACUUCCGGGGUUCUUUCUCUAUUGGAGGGCUUCAAAUCCGAGUCUGCCUUUGUCGUAUGGAACGAGAUCGCAAGUCGCAUUGCGUCGUUGCGGGCUGCAUGGCUAUUUGAAGAUGAUGACCUCAAAUCUGCGCUGAAGAAGGUGCAACUAGAUCUCGUCAAAGACAAAGCCCACGAACUUGGCUGGGCGUUCAAGGGCAGUGAUAGUCCUGUGGAGCAGCAGUUCAAGUCACUGCUUUUCGGAUCGGCGGGAUUGGCUGGCGAUGACAAAAUCCAGAAAGCGGCGUUCGAAAUGUUUUCCGCUUUCAAAAAGGGCGAUAGAACUGCCAUCCAUCCAAACAUCCGCAGCUCAGUGUAUGCCAUUGUUUUGAGCGAGGGCGGGGAAGAAGAGUACCAGGCUAUUCUUCAAGAAGCUCGUACUGCGAAGACCAGCGACGAGCGGAACACGGCUUUGAUGAGCCUUGGACGGGCGAAGGACCCGGAGCUGAUCAAGCGAACCCUGUCUCUGCCAUUGGGCGGUGAUGUCAAAGAACAGGACAUCUACCUGCCGCUUUCCGGACUCCGAACCCACCGCGCCGGUGUCGAAGCCAUGUGGGCGUGGAUGCAGGAGAACUGGGACGAGCUUAAGAAGCGCCUUCCACCCGGACUGACGAUGUUGAGCUCGGUCGUCACCAUCUGUACGUCGGGGUUCACGCACUCGGAGCACAUGGAUAGUCUCCGUGCGUUCUUCGAGGCGAGGAGUACCAAAGGAUUUGACCAGAGCCUCGCCCAGAGCCUGGAUGCCAUUCGAGCGAAGCAAAACUGGAUUGAGAGGGAUAGUGAGGACGUGAAAGCGUGGCUCACCAAACGGGGAUAUUAAGUAUGGUGUCUGUGAUGGAAGAAGUUACUUGGCGACACAUCUUUGCAGGAUUAUCUUCGCAAGGAGUAACUUCGCAUGGAAGUAUUCUCUAUCCAUACAAUUUGAAUAUACUGCAGUGAAUAGAGGUCAUGCAACUUCCAUCAGAUAGUUAUUGUGCUGGUGAUAUAAGACCGACCAAGGUCACAUGACCCUU